CGCUGGAAGCAAAGGUGAAAAAUGGAAUUUUAUUAUUUACUUGUAAAAUCCGCUCUCUUUCUAUAUAGACGGUCCUGAAUUCCAAGUGUUCUUCAAAUUGAAGGGUCAAAUAGCCAUGGCUGUGGAUAUUCCAACCUUGGAGGAAAGGUAUGUUGAUUCUUGUAGGCAGCAUGGAGCACCACCUAAUACUGAAGUUUUAUCCGCUCUUCUUAAGGCCAAGGUGAAAAGAAACAAUCAUGAACCAUGUAGCAUGGUGGUUUUCUUGGACAGAGUAAAGGAUAUUGAUUUCUAUCCUCUUCUUGACUUGUUAAUGGAAAUCGAUGCUUCAGAGAUUGAUGCAGUUGACAUAUUUAAUGAAUCAUCAUGUGUGUUGAAUGGAGAAUAUGCUUUGUCAUUGAUGCGUGCAAUCAAUCAAAAGCUUCGAAUUGUUGAUCUCCAAGAUCUUUCACUUGGGAAGGACUUCUUGCGGGAUCUUUCUCAGAGAGGCUUGACUUGCCAAGCAUUAAACUUGAGGUCUUCCCAUUUCCGGAAGCUCAACUUGAUUGGGAAGUUCAUGCAGAUGCACACUCUUAACUUGGAUUUCAGUACUUCCCUCACUAGUUUCCGGGAGGAUUGUUUUACUUGCAUGCCAAACCUAAGGUGUCUCUCGAUGUGUGAAACAAGAGUGUCCAAUCUUUGGACAACUAUUGCAGCACUCUCUAAACUCCCUUCUUUGGCCGAACUUCGGUUUCAGAAUUGUUUAUGUUGCUAUGACACAGGACCUUGUCCCGUGUCAUCUGGUGGGAAGGCAAAUGACAGAACUUAUUCAGUUCAGCCACAAAGGGGUCCUCUAAUUGAAGCUCCAUCAGUUGAUGGCUGGAUACUUGGUAAUCAAAAUUCAACCGCACAAGAGGCCUUUCAGGAAUUUUUUUUGCAUAAUAAUGUCAUUAUGAAUCCUGAAUUCCAAAAUACAACCGAGGACUCAUCAGAUGAUAGUGAAGUCGACUUUUCAACUCACCAGCAAGAAUUUGGUUUGGUGGAACUUUUGUCUAAUGCAGUUGAUCUGCAGAGUGAGGUUCCUUUUUGUACAUCAUGGACUCAAAGUGAAGAAGUGUCCUUGAAAGAUGCUUUUAGUUCACAAAGCAUCCCUUUUCUUCAAGAUAUUAUGUUGAAGUAUGUUUCUCAUCAUCCAUCACCAAUAUGCUUUGAGAAACACUACAGGGAAUACAUGAUAGCUUCAUUACCACAUCUGAAUGUUUUAGAUAACUUACUCAUCAAAGAGAUUGAAAGGGAUUUUGCCAGUGCUAUUUUUGCGCAAUAUUUUGAGUAUCUACCUUACAGAAGGAAUCGAAAAGAGAAUGUUGUUGAUAUCUUGCAGAUGCGUGAAAUAAAAGCAAUCCAUAAUCGUAUACAAACUCCUAAGAAAAAGCCAUCAUGUCCUCCUGGAAGGUCUCAAUAUUUUUAUUCCAGGUCACUAGGGGCUGCCAAAGUAGGGUCUUCACCAUGGCCAUUGUUGCAUCCGCUUUCCAUUUUAGGCAAUGAUUCAGGAGGUGAAAGAAGUUUUCGUCCAAGGCAGUUUGAGUACCAUCCUUCUAACUCUAGCCUAAUGGUCUUUGGAACCCUAGAUGGUGAUGUUGUUGUUGUCAACCAUGAGAGUGAAAAGAUUGUUAGUUAUAUUCCAUCACUAGGAGCAAUGAAUAGUGUACUGGGACUUUGUUGGCUCAAGAAGCAUCCAUCGAAGCUCAUUGCUGGUUCUGAUAACGGUUCACUGAAAUUGUAUGAUAUCCAGCAUAUGUCGUCAACAGUUGCAGACAUUUACUGCAGUGCUGGUUCUGCCACCUUUGAUGAAUUUGAUCAAUUGACAUCUGUUCAUGUCAACUCAACAGAUGAACUCUUUCUUGCAAGUGGGUACUCCAAAAAUGUUGCUUUGUAUGACAUCAAUAGUGGAAGACGGUUGCAGAUGUUCACUGAUAUGCAUCAAGAGCAUAUUAAUGUUGUUAAGUUUGCAAAUCAUUCCCCAUUCCUUUUUGUUACUUCAUCAUUUGAUCAAGAUGUCAAAAUGUGGGAUUUGAGACAGAAACCAAUGCAGCCUUGCUAUACUGCUUCAAGUUCAAGAGGAAAUGUAAUGGCUUGCUUUUCUCCAGAUGACCACUAUCUUCUUGUGUCAGCUGUUGACAAUGAGGUUAAACAACUUUUGUCUGUUGAUGGAAGACUCCAUUUGAAUUUUGAGAUAGCUUCAACAGGUAGCUCUCAAAAUUACACCCGUUCUUAUUACAUGAAUGGAAGGGACUAUAUCAUCAGUGGCAGUUGUGAUGAACAAGUGGUCCGAAUUUGCUGUACUCAAACUGGAAGGCGUCUCAGGGAUGUUUCUUUGGAGGGUAAAGGUUCAGGGACUUCAAUGUUUGUGCAAUCUUUGAGGGGGGAUCCAUUUCGAGACUUCAACAUGAGUAUCUUAGCAGCAUACAUGCGUCCAAGCUCAAAAUCUGAAAUUGUCAAGGUGAAUUUGCUAGCAUCCAGUGACUAUGCCAAGGAGUACUCAUGUAACCUGCAAUCUCACCCAUCCAAUAGCAUGGGUGGUUGAUGUAUGUGCCUCCACUUCAUGUAAUAUCUUGUUUAUUCUCUUCUUUUCUCUUUCAUGGUAUCAAACAUGGUGAAAAACGAAACCUUUGUUUGGUGAAUUUUAGUAUAAAAAUACAUAGCAUAACCAUGCACUACGUAGAAAUAAUCUUUAAGAGUUCAUUUGGCAAUGCUUUUAAAAAUCACUUCUAGCAUAAAAAAUGUUUUUAAAGAAAACUCAAGUGCUUAAUAAAAUUUAGUAAGUGCUUUUAGGAAGUUGAAAAAUAACUUGUAGUGGUUCCUGGAGAAGCACUUGAUUGAUAAUUCUCCAAAUCACCUCCACUAAAAGUAUUUAGAAUAGAAACACUAUCAAAUGCAUUUUUAGCAUAAAUAAUUAUGUUGUUGCAAUUUGUAUUAUAGAGGAAAUACACAUCAUUGUUGGUUGUAUGCUCUAUUUUGUAGUACUCUGAACAUGAGUGGACCUAUUUAUUGAAAGCGGCCUGGAAAGCUUCUGUACUCGGGGAAAAAUGGU